AUUUUCUUUCACUUCCAGAAGCAAUGACAAGUUAAGCAUUUGUCUAGCCUUUAAGGCCAGUAGGAAUGCACCUGAGUACAUUUACUCGAGUGCUUUAUUAAAGUACAGAUUUAAAGAACUUGUACUUAAUGUAAUGUCAGUCAGGAUAGUACACAGCAGUCCUCUCCAAUUGUUCUUGCUGUCAUUGGUGAUUACUACUCAGAGAUAUCCAUAGCAGUUACAAGGCAUCUCAACCUGGAGGACAUCCCUGAGGUUAGCCCUAUAACAGCCUGGUGACCUGGUUCUACCCUCCCUCUUGCUCCAUGUCAGCUGGGAUGGGCUCUCGCUCAGGUGUCCCUGAAGAAAAGUGGAAGGCAAUUGAUCUUUUUAUUACAUCACUUUUCUGGUACAAAAUGCUCCAUUGAAGCCACAGCAGAAGGCGACAUCAUUAUCGGAGGAUUGUUCCCGAUUCAUGAAAGCGUUACUGUCACUGUGAAUGAUGAUGGCCGUGAAAACCGGACAUGUGACAGGUUUAGCACAGCUCGUCUGGUCCAGUCUCUGAUAAUGGUGCAGGCACUGGAGGAGAUAAAUCAGAAGCGAGAGUUGGGAAACCUCACCUUGGGAUACCUCAUACUUGACUCCUGUGGGGAAGUUACUACUGCCCUGAUACAAACCCAGGCCUUCAUGAUGAGAAACAGUAAUAAUCGCCAAGACUGUGCACAGCAAUCCUCUCCACCUGUCCUGGUCGUCAUUGGUGAUUACUACUCAGAGUUAUCCAUAGGAGUUACAGGUCAGCUCCACCUGGAGUACAUCCCUGAGAUAAGUUACGGUGCAACUUCUGGUUUCCUGAGUGAUAAAACCCGUUUUCCAAGCUUUAUGAGGACCGUACCACAAGAUGAUCACCAAGGUCAUGCCAUCGCCCAGAUUCUUGAUCAUUACGGUUGGACUUGGGUCGGUGUGGUAGCAACUGAUGGUGAAUACGGUCGCUAUAUAACUGAACGCCUCCGGCAUCAUGCAACCAAAAAAGGCAUCUGCUUCGCCUUCACCUCUGUUCUUCCAGAUGCUUUAAAUGAUGACUCACGUGAAGAGAGAAUUAACUCUACAAUCAAAAGCAUCAUAGAUAAUAGAAAUGUUAGUGUUAUUAUUUCCUUUGCCAAAGCUUACCAUAUGAUAGAUAUUUUUAGGAAACUUCUCAAAUAUCCUCAAGGCAGAGGGAAAGUUUGGUUGGCCAGUGAUAUUUGGUCACAGUCACCUGAAGUACUGAGUUCUCAGAACUACAAUUUGAGUGACAUAGGAACAAUCUUUGGGGUCACUCUUAAAUCUGGAAACACAACCAAGUUUGAGCGAUAUCUUGAUGACCUUGAUGAAAAUCCCAACCACCACGAGAACAACACAUUCUUGUCUAAUUUUUUAAAGGAGCAUGGGGCGAAUUCAUCAGAAGAGUUAAAGAAGAUGAUAUAUCCAUAUGCUGUGUUCAGUAUUGAGCUGGCAGUUAAAGCAAUAGCUCAAGCUGUUAAAGACCUCUGUACUAACCGGGACUGUAAAACACAGUCCUUACGGCCGUUGGAGUUACGAAGAGCCUUACGGAAGGCAACGUUCCACAUGGAGGAAAAAAGUUAUUCAUUUGAUCACCAUGGUGACCUCAACUCUGGAUAUGAUAUCAUCCUAUGGAAGCAGACUCAAGAUUCUCCAGAUGUGAACAACAUUUUAGCCUAUUACAGUAUAGAACACCAGAGCCUGACUUUCACCUCACAGGAAACACAGCAGGCUCUUCAGAGCCACAUAGGAAAUGUGACUUCCAAGUGCACAGACAGCUGUAGGCCUGGCUACAGGAAGACUUCAGUUACAGGCCAGCCUGGUUGUUGCUAUCAGUGUGAACCCUGUGCUGAGAACCAAUAUUCCAACACCACCGAUUCUGAAAAGUGUCAUCCUUGCAAAGAAAACUAUUACUCCAAAAACACCAGUUCAGUGUGUUUGCCCAGAAAAACUGAUUUUCUGAAAUGGGGUGAUGUAUAUCUUAUUGUGCUGCUGUCUUUUACUUCUUUAGGAGCAGUGCUUACCAUUGUUGUUGGGAUCAUCUUCCUUGCACACUGGAAUACCCCUGUCGUGCGCUCAUCUGUAGGCCCAAUCAGCAUCCUUCUCCUCCUCUCCCUUAUGAUCACAUUUACUAGUGUUAUAUUAUUUGGUGGUCAACCCAAUAGCUAUCAGUGUCAAGCACGGCAGGUGGUGUUUGGCUUGAGUUUUACCUUGUGUGUCUCCUGCAUCAUGGUCAAGUCCUUUAAGAUCGUCUUAGCCUUUGAGUUUGACCCGGUCAUUCAAAGUAUCCUGAAGAAGCUCUACAAGCCUUACCUCAUUGUUACGGUCUGCAUGGCAGGUCAAGUGGUUAUUGUUACCACGUGGCUUGUACACGGUCCUCCAUACAUUGACUCAGAGAUCACACAGGACAACAUGGAACUGAUGGUUUGUAAUGAGAAAUUAAUUCCUGCGUUUGGAGCCAUGCUAGUCUAUAUUGGCCUUUUGGCUCUCAUCUGCUUUGGUGUUGCUUUUAAGGGACGAAAGUUGCCUGACAGUUACAAUGAUGCAAAGUUCAUCACUUUUGCAAUGCUCAUUUACUUCAUCUCCUGGAUCAUGUUUGGCCCAGUCUAUGUCAAUGUCACAGGCAAGUACCUUCCAGCAGUGGAGAUGGUCGUUAUCCUUAUCUCAUGCUACGGCAUCUUGUUUUGUCAAUUUUUCACAAAGUGCUACAUUAUUCUGUGUAAGAAGGAAGCAAACACAGAGAAAGUGUUCCGUUGCAAUAUUAGGAAUUAUUCCAUGGAUCACAAAGGCAGUGAGGAUGAGCUGUCAUCCAACAGAGUUGAAAACCCUAAUUUAUCUGUAUCAGUUAAGUCACAGGAAAACUGGAAUUCAGUCAAACUCUCUCUUUCCAGUCUCAAAGUCAUAAAAUAAUGUCCUUGAAAACAACCUGAAAUCCACUAAGAAGACCCUACAGAGAUACAAUAGCUUGCCACCAUCACUAAUCAAAUGAUUCACAAUAGUUAGAAGGGUAUUCAAACAAUUGGAGUGUAAAGGGGACUAAAUAUUAGAGUCUAUGCACUUUUAAGUCUUUAAAGUUGUUUAUCAAGUUGUUGAACAUGUUUAUCGCCAUCUUGUGCCAGUACAGAAUGUAACUUCACCAGGUUGGUUGGUUGGUUGCAGCUAAUAGACUUACAUUAAUUUAUGUUAGCUAACUAGUGACAGAACCAAUAGCUUAGUGAAAAUUAAGGAGACUAAAACUAUACAUACAAUCCCAACAGAGCACUUAGAUCGUCCAAUCACAGGCUCCUAGCACAACCUAGGUCUCGAAUGAAGUCGAGAGGUGACCUGGCCUUUGCAUCCGUGGCACCAAGACUCUGGAAUAACCUCCCUGUUCAUAUUCGUACUGCCGAGUCUAUCCAGUCUUUUAAAUCACGUCUUAAAACUUAUCUUUUUACUUUGGCUUUUGAUUCUGACUAGUUGGCUGGUCUAGCUUGUUGUGUUGUUACCUAUUGUUUGUUGUCCUCUUUUAUUGUUUGUUUUUAAUUGUCUCAUGCUUUUACUGACUGUGAAGCACUAUGGUCAACACUGUUGU